AGUCCGAUGAAGAAGCUUAUCUUGCUCAAGACCUCUGAACUGGAAACAUUGCUGCACUGACUCUGCCUACAUACCCAGCUUCACAAAUCUCGCCUCAUCGAUUGCCUUACUCCUCAUUUUCCAUACCAUUUGUAGUGUUCUGCACUUGGAGCCAUGGAAGCGCAGACCGAUGCGAUCAGAGCCACCGACGUUACGGCCGAGUCGCGACACUCAUCCCCCGACAUCGCUCCACCACGGAAUGGAAAGAAACCAUCGCGGGUCGAUCUCCCGGGUUUUACCUACGCUGAGCUGAUCACCAUGGCGAUUCAGUCGUCGCCUUCUCGUAUGAUGACCAUCGUAGACAUCCAACAGUUCUUUCGUGAUCGCUUUCCUUGCUUCCGAACAUCCUACAAAGGCUGGCAUAACAGUAUUCGACAUAACCUCUCUGCUCGAGAGUGUUUUUACAAGGUACCCAUCGUGGACAAGCGUCAUAAAUGUCGCACACACUACUGGAUGAUCAACCCAAGCUGUUCUCACUGUCGCGAUGGCAACGGUCUUCUGCAAGAGGCACGACAAUGGAGGACCAGGAGGAUGAUGGCGAAGAACGUGAUCAGGAAGAAACGACGAGGAUCGAAGAAGAAUGGUUCGUCGACGACGACGAGGAACGCUGACGGAUUGGACUCCAAGAUGACGGAGAAGAAGGGUUCUUGGAAAGACGCUCAGCUCCCGUGUCAACCUUUCCCAGCGAGAACUCCCCCGAUGCACCCGAUGGAGUAUACCCAGCUAAGCUCACCAGACCAGUUCACCCAUGGCCCUCGAUCACCAGCCCAUCAGGGGUCCGACUGGACUUACCCAACAACCUACCUCACUCACCAUCAACCUGCUUGCCAAGAAUGUGGUGACGACAUGACCGGUGACUGCGAAUACUGCGUGCUACUCGAAGUCGACGACGAACCACCGUCACCGAUCCGUUAUUCGUCGUCGUUGUCUUCGCCGCCGGACUGCCUUUCGACGAGGAGUGAGAGCGUCGAGACUGGGUUGCAGACGCUAUCUCACUACAAACCAUCUGUCAAGGAAGAAUCACGAAUCCAGGAAUUGGCUCUAAAAGACGAUCCAGUGCUAGACGAUAUCGUCGACAAACAAGACCUGUUCCAAACGGACGACAACUUCGACGCGUCCGUAUACAACGUCGGAGGUCAUAUUGAAGCUCACCAGCAUUCUGGUACUGUCGUCCCGAUAUCAUUGUCGAAAUCAUUGCCACCGUCGUUGCCUUCAUCACCGGCACCAUCAUCGCCCAUGCAGUACGCCGUUGACCUUUCACGCCAGAGUUCUUGCCGUGCUAGCGGUUAUGCCGUCUCGCCAACCUUGCCAGACUGCCCCAGAUACCAGGCUCAUCCUAACUUGCCAUGCACCAGUCUACCUCCGUUUAAUUACUACAAGGGUUUGCAACCAUACUUCUUCUUCCAAGAUCAAGCCUAUCACUUUGAUCAGUGCGAUCGACUCGUCAUUGACCCCCGUUGUCAUGUUGCCGACACCACCAAAGGUUUCUAUCGUUACCCAUCAGAAGAUUUCGUCAGCGAUUGUCAUCGGAGCAGUGAAGUGGCAGGAGCUGUUGACCUGAGCGUACAUCAUCAAAGUGAAUUCAUUGGUCGGACUGAUGAUGAGAGACGUAGCAUCCCUCACAGAUCUCACUGUGAUAACAACUGUAACGAUUCUCUUCUUCUGAUCGAACCCAUGCCUUACAGAACCAUCCCCAGAGUACCAACCAACAGCCCUGUGCACCGAUUCCCACGGCCAGUGGACUCCUCCCCCAUCCCCUUUCACCACGGUAUCCCCUCCAGACACACAUCCGACAACGCGGCUCCCCGACAGUCGGCACGCCUCUUGGGCCAAUCUCGUUUCAUCCCGAGAUCUAAUGUGAACGUCCUGUUGGACUUUGGCGGAGAGGGCGCCUCUCCGGCUUUCGUCGCAGCUCCUAAUGACAUCAGGACGAUCUCAAGUCUCGGUGAGCUUCUCAAGGUCAGCAUGGUCAUCGCAUCCCAACACGAAUACCACAGUAUGUGAUCAAGUUAAAGGAAACCAAAACCUUCAUACUAAGUUACUUUUAUUGUAAAGUUUAAAAGAUUUGAAUAAAAUCAGUGAAAAUUUGAACAAAAUCGGGCA